AUGUUCCUCGCUAUAUUUCGACUUGCAAACUUGUUCCUUCUUGGUAAUGGCUUAUACAAUUCUUUAACAACUAAAUUACCACCACAUUUGGUCAAAUCAGGACAAUUCCAAUUUAUAACAAAUUGUUCAUUACUGCUCGCAGUGAUUAACCUUGCAUUUACCAUACUCGGUCUUCGAUCCAUUUGGCUCUACAACUUAGCCAGCAAUUUGGAAUUCAAUGUCAUUUUUUCUUACUGGACUAUGGUAUUAUUGUUUCCACAAAUGGUGGCUGAAGAUGAGGUUGAUCGCAAUUUGUUUAUGGAUUUACAAGUGCAUGCAUUCCCUUACAUCUACUUGAUAAUUGACUUUCAACCAAGAGUGUCUUUCGCUACAUCAGUCAUGCUAACAGGCGGGUUUGUUUUUGGUUACUGGUUUUAUAUAGAAUGGGAGUGUGGGAAACAUAUCGCUGAUGGAGUUAGCGGGUAUCCGUAUCCGUUCUUGAAGGGCAAGAACAAAUGGCAGAGACUCAAGUGCAUUUCUGUGUUUGCUAUCCUUGCGUGUUGUAAUUGGUUUAUAUUAAGUAUCAGAAGCAAUAGUAUAUAA